AUGUGCGGUAUGCCAAAAGAGUUCAUACGUACCAAGGAAAGGCCUGAUGUAUGUAAAGUGUGCACGAAAGUGCUCACGCAAAAGUCGGCUUUGACUACACAUAUGAGGUAUCAUACUGGUGAAAGACCUUACGGGUAUGUGAUGUGCCUUAAAGGUUUGUUACCAAGACAUUGUUCAAAGGACAUAAUUGUGAGCGCCCUCCUGGUCCCUAAAAACAAAUGCGGAUUUUAA